AUGCAACAAACCUCCUUUUAUGAAUUGCCAUUUAACAACUAUCAUGCGCAACCGAUGAAUUCUGGUGAACAUGGACAAGUUCAAUAUGUUGAUAACAUGAAUAUGUUUCCAGAUUCAUUACCAAUAUAUCAGAUACCAUUUCAACAACCAUCAUCUUAUGCGACAGCUAUUCAAUCAUCACCAUAUUCACUACCUAUACAACAGCAGCCCCUAUCUGUAAACGGCAAUCAAAAUUUAUCAACAAAAAAUCCAACAGAUCCGGGAACACCCCCUUUCGAAAAAAAUAAAUGGCCGCGUAAAUCAGUUUCGCUUGUUUGUCCACGAUGUGGUGCCAUAGUAGAAACACGUGUGGAACUAGAAAUUACAAUUAUUACUUUUAUUGGGUUUGCGAUCUUAUGUUGUUUCACCUGUGUUUUGGGCUGGCUAGCACUUUGCUUACCAGCAUGUAAAAAAGUAACUCAUUAUUGCCCUUAUUGUAACAGUAUGUUAGGUGUACGACCUGAAUUACGAUAA